AUGGAUACGGCAGCCGAACCUCGGCCGGGGGAGGAGGGCUUUGACGGGUUCCGCAUGAGGCUGCCCGAGGACUGCCUCGAGUACAUGCUCUUCGUCGUCGGGGACAAGUCCGCCUCGGACCUCCCCAGCCUGGAGACAGUCCGAAAAGCUGCGGAUCAAAAAUUGGACCAGCUGGCGAGGGACUACAUCUGGCAGCGCGAUCCGUUCCGCCUCGAGACAAGAUCCCAAAAGGGCCUGGGACUCCCAUAUCUUUAUGGUACCACCCACUAUGGAGACAGCGUCGAGGACGAGUGGCUCAUAGUCUAUCUCCUGCGCGAGUUGAGCAAGUCGUUCCCCCACCUCUGGAUCCGCGUCUCCGACAGUGACGGCGAGUUCCUGCUCAUCGAAGCCGCCAAGGUCACGCCCAAGUGGCUGACUCCGGAGAACGACGCCAACCGGGUCUGGAUCCACGACGGCCGGCUGCUCAUCAUCCCCCUGAGCAACCCAGACCCGUCGCACCCGGCAGCCGACUCCGCGCCUCUCUCCCUCGCCGAAGCCAUCCAAACCAUCAGGACCGCCCCCUCCUCGCUCAUCCACUCCCCUCUCAUCGAAGCCGAAGCCUUCUACCGCCUCGAGAAGUACCCCGGCCAGAUCACCGCCUGGCUCCACCACGCGCUCGUCACCAUCCCCAGAAAGCUCGCCUACAUCCUCCACGCGCGGCCCAAAUCCGUCGCGCCGGCCACCGAAGCCUUCUACCUGCGCGACCCGCGCUCGCUCAAGCCGAUCCUCUCCGCCUCUGCCGCCCCCGCCCCGGGCUCCGCCUCGGCCUCCUCGCCUUCCAGCUCCGCCACAGCAGCAGACCUCAUCUUCCCGCCGAUCGACCUCGUCACCGUCAGCGUGCGCUUCACCCGCGUGCUCUACGCGCAGCUCAAGUCGCAGCACUUCCCGCCGCCGCCGGCGUGGCGGGGCGCGCUGCGCUCGGUGGUCGAGGGCGGGUCGAGCGAGAAUCUGCAGCGGCGCCUCGCCCGGCUGGAGCUGGGCAUGAAGCUCACGACGGGGUUCGAGAUGCUCGCGCGGACGGCGCACGACAGUGCCAGCCGGGUGGUGCGCGAGGUGGGGCUGUUGCUGGAGGAUCUGGCGGAGGAUGGUGGGGACAGGGCGCUGCCGAGUGACGAGGAGAUUCAAGGCUGGGAGGGGGUCGAGCGGGAGGACGACGACUCGUGGAUGGAUAUUGACUAUCGGGAUUUCGAGAGGGAGUUGGAUGGCGCGGCGGCGGGUAGAAGGGGUCAGCCCGGCGACGGGGCUGGGUUUGGGGACGCAGCGGCGCAGGCGGACUUACGAAAGAUUGUUUCGAGGUUUGAGGCAUUCUUAAACGACGAGACGGCGGGGAUUGAGGGGGCCGAGAUUGACGAGAUGGAUCGGGAUAAUGAUAGCACCGAGGAAGAAUCGGAGGAGGGGAGUGAUGAGGAUGAAGACAAGGAGGUGAGUUUUGACGAGGAACAGUUUGCCAGGAUGAUGAGGGAGAUGAUGGGUCUUCCGGCGGACGAGGCCAGCGGGCAGGGGAAGGCAAAGCAAAAGGCAGUCGAUGAGAGCGCAGCCGAAUCAGAUGAAGAGGAGGAGGAAGAGAUCCGCAAGCUCGCGGAGCAGAUGGAGUCGGAGCUGAGGGGACAUGGCGCGCUGGACCUUGAUCCGAAGCCCAAGACUGCGGCGAAGUCGAUCAAGAAGAAGGGAGAGACGACAUCAAAAGCAGAACAAGUCGAGCCCCAAGAAGAAGAAGAGGACGGCGAGGGCAGUGACGAAGAGGUGGAUAUCGACUACAAUCUCGCCAAAAACCUGCUGGAGAGCUUCAAAAGCCAGGCAGGCAUGGCUGGGCCGGCCGGUAAUUUGCUUGGCUUGAUGGGCGUGAGGUUACCUCGGGACGAGGAGGACUCGGACGAUGAUCAGAAAUAG